CGUGAUGCCACGGAGGAGUCGCUCGGCUCACUUUAUAAAGGUGCCGGCGCGGUGCGCGAGCGCGGUCUGUGAACUCGUCCAGAGACACGCAGAAGAGCUGGAGACGCGGAGCCUCCCGGGCUGAACUCGGUAACCAUGAGCGAGAGACAAGGCUCUGGAGCUUCAGGUGGGAACAGCAAAUCAUCUGGUGGACAAGAUGCUUCCAAGAAAGAUGCUCCAGCUGAGGACUUUGACAUUGACAUGGAUGCUCCCGAGACGGAGAAGGCGGCCGUUGCCAUUCAGUCGCAGUUCAGAAAGUUCCAGAAGAAAAAGAAUGAGAAGUCCUAGUUCUGGACCCAGGGCCCAGUGUCCUGAGGCUGAAUAGCAGUCUGGCGUUGCAUGUUGAUAAAACCAUACUGUACGGACUUGG